AUGCCUUGUAGAGAAGGUAAUUUAAAGCGUAGCUAUUGUACACACCUACAACGCAAAUUUUCUGGUUAUUACGAUUCUAGUCCAAAGUCUACAACUAGCAUUGGCACCUCUUUUCCGAGAUUUAACAUUUCACAAGAUAAUAAGAUUCUUUUCUCGAGAUACCAUUCUCGCUAUUUUCACGCGACCAAUUUCAAUAAUGCAAUAAUUCCAUUCGUACUCGCUGAUGUUGGUGAGGGGAUAACAGAAUGCGAAAUAACUCAAUGGUACGUUAAACCUGGAGAUCAGAUAAACGAAUUCGAUAAGCUAUGUGAAGUACAAUCAGACAAAGCAUCUGUUGAAAUAACCUCACGUUAUACUGGCACUAUCGUCAAAAUUCAUUAUAAUAUCGGGGAAAUGGCUAGAGUUGGAAUGCCAAUAGUUGAUAUUGAAGCACCUGAUGAAGUCAUUGAAUCAUUUGCGCCAGCGACUAAAACAGUAGAAGAGAAACCAUCGCCAUUAUCAUCGGAGUCACAAAAUUCUUUCAAAGGUUCUAUUGAACCCCAAAGUCCUAAUUUAGCAAAGAUUACGCUGGCUACUCCAGCAGUUCGGAGACUCGCAAGAGAGUUUGCGAUCGAUAUUUCUAAAAUUCAAGGGACUGGUAAAGCCGGUCGCGUAUCUAAAGAUGAUGUGCUAAAUUAUGUCGCGAAAGGAAAUCGUAAUAUUAAAGCGACACCGUUAUUAACAUCUGUGCCUACUACCACCGCCGCCACAGUGUCUAAAGAUGAAAUUGUGAAGUUGUCGAGUUUACAAAAAUCGAUGUUUAAAACUAUGACACGAUCAUUGCAAAUUCCCCAUUUUGGUUACUCUGAUGAGUAUUGCAUGGACAAAAUUAUAGAAUUCAAAAACAUUAUAAAUGAGAAUUUUUUCAAAAACAAUCGUGAUGAACUCCCAAUUAAAAAAGUAUCUUUUAUGCCAUUCUUUAUUAAAACCUUUUCAACGGCUUUAUUGGAUUUCCCGGUCUUAAAUGCGACAAUUAUUGAUGCGGAAGACGUAAACACUGCGAAAUUGCAUUACCGUAGUCAACAUAAUAUUGGGAUUGCAAUGGACACACCCGGCGGUUUAAUAGUUCCAAACAUUAAAAACGUGCAGGAAAAAUCGAUUUUUGAAAUUGCUCAAGAACUACAUCGAUUACAAGAAGCCGGAAAACAGAAUGCGAUUCCACCAGCUGACUUAAAAGACGGGACAAUUACACUCUCCAAUAUUGGGAUUAUUGGUGGAGAGUUUCUGAAUCCGGUGGUUGUGUCUUCCGAGUUGUGUCUUGCUGCUAUCGGAAAAAUUAAUCGACUGCCACGAUUUGAAAUGGUAAAUGAUGAGAAAAGUGGACGAUUAAGGGAAAAAGUUGUUGCAAAGAGUUUGGUAAAAAUUAGUUUUUGCGCUGAUCAUCGUGUGAUUGAUGGUGCUACCGUGGCGAGGUUCUCCGAAACUUGGAAAAAUUUAAUAGAGAAUCCAGUUCUCUUAUCCUUUAAAUUGAAAUAG